AUGGCUCCGCCAGGAGUUCUGAUAGAAGGACAAAGCUUCACGCUGCGAAGCGUGGUUGCCGGCCUUGCCGUUGGCACUGUUAUCUGUGCAGCCAAUGUCUAUUUUGGACUUCAAACAGGCUGGGUGUCCAUUAUGUCAAUGCCAGCAAGUCUGAUGGGGUUUGGAAUUUUUAAGAUCUUGCGACCGCACUUAAGCUUCCCAUUUUCUCCAGUUGAGAAUGUUCUACUACAAAGUGUGGCUUGUGGUAUGGCGAUAAUGCCACUCGGGUGCGGCUUCGUUGGCGUGAUUCCUGCCAUGAACUAUCUUUUGAAGCCCGACGAACAAGGUCCGCUCUAUCUCAGUACUGUCCAGCUCAUCAUUUGGUCUCUCGGGCUGUGCUAUUUCGGAGUUGUAUUUGCGGUACCACUGAGACAACAGGUCAUAAUUCGAGAGAGACUGAAGUUUCCGAGUGGCUUUAGCACCGCUGUCCUUAUAUCUGUGCUCCAUGGCAAAGAACCACAAUCUUCUAAGCCAGAAGAAUUGGACAGGGCUGCACAAGGCGGUUUUGCUAGCCUUGUUUCUCGUACGAUGGACCAAGAUUUCACCGUGUCGGCGGCCACUACUGGAAAUGUAGACGGAAAUGAUGCCCAGUCCGAAGCAAGCUCGAAGCCAAAUUGGGUGUCGAAUAUGCAGCUCCUCAUCAUCUGCUUUCUCAUCUCGGGAUUUUUUACCGUCUUGACGUAUUUUUUGCCAGUCAUUCGGAAUCUCCCAGUUUUUGGAACAGUUGCCGCCAACACCUGGCUCUGGACUCUCAAUCCCAGUUUGGCUUACGUUGGCCAAGGCGUGAUCAUGGGCACAGAGACCACGCUACAUAUGACUCUUGGAGCUAUUAUUGGCUGGGGAUUGCUCAGUCCUUUGGCGAAAUUUCAAGGUUGGGCUCCUGGGCCAGUGGAUGAUUGGGAGCAUGGCAGCAAAGGAUGGAUUGUCUGGGUGUCCCUCGCGAUCAUGCUAGUGGACGCUGUAGUGAGCCUCACUUACGUUGGAUUCCGCUCAAUUCUUCAUUCACCAAUGAUGAAUUUUUUGGGAAUCUUCCAGAGAAAGGUGCAAAAGAUAAAGAGUCAUAUCAUUGGAUUCUCGCCACCACAGUACUCUUUGCUGCAAAACCAGGAUGACAUUUUUCCUUCACAGCCAGGCAUUACCGACAGCACAAGGGAGACAUGCAGCGAUGACGAAGACGAAGACCAAGACGAAGACGAAGACAUUGGUGACACUGGAAUUAUCCAAUACGAUGAUGCUCCUCCACAUCAACUGAUCGGGAACAAACUAGUAGUUUUCGGGCUUGCCGCCUCCAUACUACUUUGCAUCGGAACCACACAUUUCGUCUUUGGGAACCUUGUUCCCUUAUUUGCAACAAUUAUUGCGGUUUUAAUUGCUUUAAUUUUGAGCAUUAUGGGAGUGCGAGCCCUUGGAGAAACCGACCUUAACCCGGUGUCAGGAAUUAGCAAGCUGGCUCAACUUCUUUUUGCAUUUAUUAUCCCCCAGUCUAAUAAAUCUAGUGUUCUAAUCAAUCUUGUAGCCGGCGCAGUGUCAGAGGCAGGCGCGCUCCAGGCUGGGGACCUAAUGCAGGACCUUAAAACUGGUCAUCUACUCGGGGCAGCCCCAAACGCCCAGUUUUGGGGACAAAUGAUUGGUGCUACCGCUGGAGCAAUCCUCAGCGCCUUUAUUUACCGCAUUUACACAUCGGUCUACACUAUCCCCGGGGAUCUUUUUCAAGUUCCCACUGCCUACGUUUGGAUAUUUACGGCGAGAUUGGUUACUGGCCAAGGACUACCGUAUAUGGCUAAGGAAUGGGCCAUUGGAGCAGGUACAAUAUUUGCCAUAACAACAUUCAUCCGCACCGCCAGUGUAGAUAAAUGGUGGCGGCCAUACGUCCCAGGAGGUAUCGCUGUGGCUGUUGGAAUGUAUAAUGUACCGUCAUUUACUUUGGCACGAGCAGUCGGUGGAAUAGUCUGUUGGUACUGGACUAAAAUUCUGCAACGGCCCAAUGCGCAACUCAUAAUACUCGCAUCGGGUUUCAUUCUCGGAGAAGGGUUCCUGAGUAUAGUAAACUUGAUCCUUCAGGGCCUCCAUGUACCGCACCUGUGA